CAGGAGGCACUAGCUACUAACCUCACCUGAUAUCUCAUAUGAUAGUAUUAAGAGUUAUCCGUUUACAGUUGACACUUGUUUAAAAUCAUCGACGACUUGCAACGCAGUCAUGUAUACGACGAUAUGCAUUGUGGAACAUUCUCAAUUUUAUUUCGAUUUUCUCAUGAUGAAAGGUACAUGAUGAAAGAUUAGCUGACUAAUACAUGCUAUAGGCAACUAACAUUAACAAAGUUACAUUUUCUUCCGUCUAGAAAGACUUGAUAUCCUCAGACUUGUUAACGUUAAUAUGCUGAUCCUUUCACUAUCAAACCACCAGCAGUGACAACACCUAAAUAAGAUUACAGCAAGAGGGGAGAAAACGGAUCUAUUUUCACACCAAAAGACUCGACUCCAGGAAGUUUGGUUUAUACACGGCUGUCUGAACAGACAUUGGUUUAAAGCGAACGGAUUAAGCGAGAAGUUAGCCAAGAUGGAUACUGAUGUUGUGACUCGGUUUGACUUCUACAUUGGAUUGUCUUUGGCUGUCAGUUCCUGUCUCUUCAUUGGAGGAAGCUUUAUUUUGAAGAAAAAGGGGUUGUUACGCUUGUCAAGCAAAGGGUCUAUGAGAGCGGGUCAGGGGGGAUAUGCUUACCUGAAAGAGUGGUUAUGGUGGGCUGGACUUAUAACAAUGGGAGUAGGAGAAGCUGCCAAUUUUGCCGCAUAUGCCUUUGCCCCGGCCACAUUGGUGACACCACUUGGAGCACUGAGUGUUUUGGUGAGUGCGGUGUUGUCCUCCUACUUCCUCGAUGAACGGCUGAAUGUUCACGGGAAGAUCGGCUGUCUGCUUUGCAUCCUGGGGACCACCGUGAUGGUGAUUCACGCACCUCAAGAGGAGGAGGUGGGCUCUCUGAAUGCCAUGGCAGAGAAGCUCAAAGACCCAGGGUUCAUUGUAUUCGCCGUGUGUAUAGUGGCAAGCAGCUUGGCGCUGAUCUUCUUUGUGGCUCCGCGGUACGGCCAGAAGAACGUCCUCGUCUACAUCCUCAUCUGCUCCGUCAUCGGCUCCCUGUCUGUGUCCUGUGUCAAGGGCCUUGGCAUUGGGAUCAAAGAACUGUUUGCAGGCACUGCGGUGCUGAAGGAGCCUCUGUUUUGGUGUUUACUGGUGUGCCUGGUGCUCUGCAUCAGUAUCCAGAUCAGCUACUUGAACAAAGCCCUGGACAUCUUCAACACAUCCAUAGUCACACCGAUCUACUACGUGUUUUUCACCACAUCUGUCAUGGCCUGUUCAGCCAUCCUGUUCAAGGAGUGGCUGCGGAUGACUGCGGACGGGGCCUUGGGCACCAUCAGUGGCUUUUUCACCAUCAUCUUGGGCAUCUUUCUCCUUCACGCUUUUAAGGACAUCACCUUCACAUGGGAUUCAUUACCUCUGUACCUGCGUCAGGUGCCUCAGAGUUCCCCGUGGGCUCAGCCAUAUGAGCCACUGCCCAAUCAGGACUUCCCAGAGAACAGAAAGGCACCCCGGGACACUGGCACGGACAGGAGAAACAAUGGUACGCUCACAAUCUAACACAAAAGACAGAACCAAAGCGUUUACGUAUUUUCCCAGCAGUGAGUGGCAGGAACUGUGCUGCGAAACACUCGUAGAACACUGUAAUAAUUCUGCCCUGUUUGCCUUUGUACGCCAGUAGUGCUGAAAAUGCAGCUUUUCCCUUAAUUGGUGGCGCAUUAAGUACUGUAUGCAAUGUUUUUAAAUAUCAUGCUUUGCUGCAAGUUCUUUUUCUGUUUGACUUCAUGUGUGAUGUAGCUGGUACUUUUUUAACACAUUCCAAAAAAGCAUUACAUUAACUUAUAUUGUAUAUUAUACUGUAUAUUUAUUUCCAAAGCUAGGAAUGAAGGUAUGCCGCCUGAUUAGAAUUUCAUCUGAAGGGUACUGAAAACAUACAAUGAUUGUGUGCCAGUGCACAUUUUUUUAUAUGACCAAGCCGUGUACUAGUAUUUUGUGUAGAAAAUAUUGCUAUGAUUAAAAUCAGUCAUAUUAGA